AUUCUGUUAGAGUUUCUGUGACCCUGGAAUUCUUAAAGGUUGAAGCCUUUGUACAGGGGAAGUUGCACACAUCCUAUACAUUGGUUAACCUGGCUGAAACUAAACUAACAAAAUGGCUCACUUCCCUACCAAAGCCCAAAAGGGGGGCGGGACCAGGGAACCCAAGGAUAACUGACAAGCAAUUGACCCAAUAAGUGCAAAGUAAGGAGAGCCAUCUAACUGCAAAGGCACAGAACUUCAAAAUACAUGCAGCAACGAACAAAUAGCAAGAUAAGCUGGAACUCCUGGUGCGGCUGUACCAAAACAAAUACAAUAUAUACCAGUCCACACUUGUGAAGCUAGCUAUAUUAAAUAGGUAUUACCACAUGCCUCACUAAUUCCCAAAUAGAGAAAAUCAGUAGGGGUGCUCAAAAAACAUGGACUAUUCAGGGAUCGUGUCAUCUCUGGGUAAAGCUCCAUUAUGUUGUAGUUAACCAAAUACAUUUACAAGUUCUAAAACUCAUCCAGUGUUUUAGAUAUCUUCCUCUGAAGCCAUAGAAAAUAAGCUCAUUCCAUAUCCCACAUGGGUGGCAGCUUAAAAAAAGAACUGGCACUUUGCUGGAGUUGCCAUAUUGUAUGAAAUUUAGGCCGAUAUUUAUUUUCCAUCCACCAGCAAUGCUUGUGAUGGUGUGGGAGUGAGACGAGGGCUUCUCUUGAGGAUUGUAAGGCCCAGGUAGGUUUGUACAAGCAGGUACAUGAGUCAAAUAGCCUGGACCUGAGCCAUUAAGGACUUUAUAGAUCAUAACCAGAAAUUUGAAUUGUGUCUGGAAACAAAUUGGCAGCCAGUGGAGCGGUGGUAGCACAUAAUAAUAAUAAUAAUAAUAAUAAUAAUAAUAAUAUUUCUUAUCUGCCUCUCCUCAGGGGUUAAAUUAGGAGAAAUAUAAUUUAAUCAGUAAUCUAGGGAGUGUCAAAACAGAGAGAAUGUCAAACUCCAGUUGUAUGCAUCUUCAUUUGGUGCUUUUUAAAAUGGCAACUUUAUUCUGACUUUUUAUCUGAAUGUGGAUGUUUGUUCUGUUGCCUGAUGCCAUGAAAUUAAGGUCACAUAUCUUUGUCGUAUGAGGAAGAUCAAGGGUUUUUACCUUUCUUGUGCCAGGAGUACAGGGGAUUCAAGAGAAACUAGGGCUAAAGAAAACAGUUCUAUUUUCCCUAGUCCUGGUAGAGUUAUGAUUUAAUUCGAGACUUAUAUCCUGGUAUAAUAUUUAGAGCAAAAACAAAACAGAUUUUUUUUUAACUUAACAGCCAGUGUUGGAAAGGGUGUUGGGAAAGGACUGUCUUGACUAAAUACAUGUUGCAAUUUGUAUACAUUUUAACUUUAAUACAACUUUUUAUUUUCAACACAUGGUCACACUUCCCUUGUUCUCAAACUAUGUAAAUAGAGAAGAUGCAAUUUAAAUCUUUGGAAGAAGGAAGGAAUCUCAAUAGGAAGGAAGCACCCACCUUUUCUCAAGAAACCCACUCAGGAGAGAAUCCAUUUAAAUGCUUAAAGUGUGAAAAGAGCUUCAGUCACAAAAGAAACUUCAUUAGUAACCAGGCAACUCACACAGGAGAGAAGCUCUUUAUAUGCUUGCACUGUGAAAAAAACUUCAGUCACAAGCACAUCCUUAUUAGUAAUCAAUCAAUUCACUCAGUAGAGAAGCCAUUUAAAUGCUUGCAGUGUGAAAAGAGCUUCAGUCACAAGAGCAGCCUUAUCCAUCAUCAGGCAACUCAUACAGGAGAGAAGCCAUUUAAAUGUUUGCAGUGUGAAAAGAGUUUCAGUCAAAAGAGCAACCUUAUUAGUCAUCAGGCAACUCACACAGGAGAAAAGCCAUUUAAAAGUUUGCAGUGUAGAAAGAGCUUCAGUCACAAGAGCAGCCUUAUUAGUCAUCAGGCAACUCACACAGGAGAAAAGCCAUUUAAAUGUUUGCAGUGUGGAAAGAACUUCAGUCACAAAUGCAACCUUAUUAGUCAUCAGGCAACUCACACAGGAGAAAAGCCAUUUAAAUGUUUGCAAUGUGAAAAGAGCUUCAGUCAAAAGAGAUACCUUAUUAGUCAUCAGGCAAAUCAUGCAGGAGAGAGGCCAUUUAAAUGUUUGCAGUGUGAAAAGAGCUUCAGUCACAAGAGCAAGCUUAUUCGUCAUCAGGCAACUCACACAGGAGAAAAGCCAUUUAAAUGUUUGCAAUGUGAAAAGAGCUUCAGUCAAAAGAGAUACCUUAUUAGUCAUCAGGCAAAUCAUGCAGGAGAGAGGCCAUUUAAAUGUUUGCAGUGUGAAAAGAGCUUCAGUCACAAGAGCAAGCUUAUUCGUCAUCAGGCAACUCACACAGGAGAGAAGCCAUUUAAAUGUUUGCAGUGUGAAAAGAUCUUCAGUCACAAGCACAUCCUUAUUAGUAAUCAAUCAAUUCACUCAGUAGAGAAGCCAUUUAAAUGCUUGCAGUGUGAAAAGAGCUUCAGUCACAAGAGCAGCCUUAUCCAUCAUCAGGCAACUCAUACAGGAGAGAAGCCAUUUAAAUGUUUGCAGUGUGAAAAGAGUUUCAGUCAAAAGAGCAACCUUAUUAGUCAUCAGGCAACUCACACAGGAGAAAAGCCAUUUAAAAGUUUGCAGUGUGGAAAGAACUUCAGUCACAAAUGCAACCUUAUUAGUCAUCAGGCAACUCACACAGGGGAAAAGCCAUUUAAAUGUUUGCAAUGUGAAAAGAGCUUCAGUCAAAAGAGAUACCUUAUUAGUCAUCAGGCAACUCACACAGGAGAAAAGCCAUUUAAAUGUUUGCAGUGUGAAAAGAGCUUCAGUCACAAGAGCAAGCUUAUUAGUCAUCAGGCAACUCACACAGGAGAAAAGCCAUUUAAAUGUUUGCAAUGUGAAAAGAGCUUCAGUCAAAAGAGAUACCUUAUUAGUCAUCAGGCAAAUCAUGCAGGAGAGAGGCCAUUUAAAUGUUUGCAGUGUGAAAAGAGCUUCAGUCACAAGAGCAAGCUUAUUCGUCAUCAGGCAACUCACACAGGAGAGAAGCCAUUUAAAUGUUUGCAGUGUGAAAAGAUCUUCAGUCAAAAGAGCAACCUUAUUAGUCAUCAGGCAACUCACACAGGAGAGAAGCCAUUUAAAUGUUUGCAGUGUGAAAAGAGCUUCAGUCACAAGAGCAGCCUUAUCCAUCAUCAGGCAACUCACACAGGAGAGAAGCCAUUUAAAUGUUUGCAGUGUGAAAAGAGCUUCAGUCACAAGAGCAGCCUUAUUAGUCAUCAGGCAACUCACACAGGAGAGAAGCCAUUUAAAUGUUUGCAGUGUGGAAAGAGCUUCAGUCACAAGAGCAGCCUUAUUAGUCAUCAGGCAACUCACACAGGAGAAAAGCCAUUUAAAUGUUUGCAGUGUGGAAAGAACUUCAGUCACAAAUGCAACCUUAUUAGUCAUCAGGCAACUCACACAGGAGAAAAGCCAUUUAAAUGUUUGCAGUGUGAAAAGAACUUCAAUCAAAAGAGCAACCUUAUUAGUCAUCAGGCAACUCACACAGGAGAGAAGCCAUUUAAAUGUUUGCAGUGUGAAAAGAACUUCAGUCACAAAUGCAACCUUAUCAGUCAUCAGGCAACUCACACAGGAGAGAAGCCAUUUAAAUGUUUGCAGUGUGAAAAGAGCUUCAGUCACAAGAGCAGCCUUAUUAGUCAUCAGGCAACUCACACAGGAGAGAAGCCAUUUAAAUGUUUGCAGUGUGAAAAGAGCUUCAGUCACAAGAGCAGCCUUAUUAGUCAUCAGGCAACUCACACAGGAGAAAAGCCAUUUAAAUGUUUGCAGUGUGGAAAGAACUUCAGUCACAAAUGCAACCUUAUUAGUCAUCAGGCAACUCACACAGGAGAAAAGCCAUUUAAAUGUUUGCAGUGUGAAAAGAACUUCAAUCAAAAGAGCAACCUUAUUAGUCAUCAGGCAACUCACACAGGAGAGAAGCCAUUUAAAUGUUUGCAGUGUGAAAAGAACUUCAGUCACAAAUGCAACCUUAUCAGUCAUCAGGCAACUCACACAGGAGAGAAGCCAUUUAAAUGUUUGCAGUGUGAAAAGAGCUUCAGUCACAAGAGCAGCCUUAUUAGUCAUCAGGCAACUCACACAGGAGAGAAGCCAUUUAAAUGUUUGCAGUGUGAAAAGAGCUUCAGUCACAAGAGCAGCCUUAUCCAUCAUCAGGCAACUCACACAGGAGAGAAGCCAUUUAAAUGUUUGCAGUGUGGAAAGAGCUUCAGUCACAAGAGCAGCCUUAUUAGUCAUCAGGCAACUCACACAGGAGAAAGGCCAUUUAAAUGUUUGCAGUGUGGAAAGAGCUUCAGUCAGAAGAGCGGCCUUAUCCAUCAUCAGGCAACUCACACAGGAGAGAAGCCAAUUAAAUGCUUUGAUUGUGGAAAGAGCUUCAGUCAGAAGGGAUCCCUGUUUCGUCACCAGACAACUCACACAGGAGAAAAGAUAUUUAAAUGCCUGGAGUGCAGGAAGAGCUUCAGUCAAAAGGGAAUUCACACAAGGAGAAAGGCCAUUUAAAUGCUCAGUGUGUAGAAAGAGUUUCAGAUACUAGUCACAUGUUGUUUGUCACCAGGUGACUUAUAGCAGAGAGAAAAAACAGAGUGUGGAAAGAGCUGCAGUUGAAAUACAAACUUUCUUUUUUUAAUUGUCAACCCAAACGGAAGAAAUGGGGUAAAUGCGUGAUUAUUUGUCAUAGAAACACUGAGAUAAAAUGCUGUGGCUUUUGAGGGAAAUAAUAACCUGAUCAAAUUUCUUUUAUGUAAUAUCUCAUUAAGCAUAAAUGAUAUUUUGAGAACUAAAGAAAGACUUUUGAGGGUAUUUUUAUGUAUUCGCGCAUUACUGGUUACUGCAACUAUUUCCUGUCAUGUAUAUUCAGGGUGAAAAAUACUAUUAAUUGAAAAGUUUGAUGAGAAGUGUGGGAAUGGGUUCGAUUCAUGACUGACAGCCCUGUGUAUCCUGCAAUUCUACAUAUGUGAGGCUGCGUUUUCU